AAAGACAGCAAGUUCAGUGGGCAACUGAAGAAGGCUGAGAUUUCACUCAAAGGUUAUCAAGAGCGCCCGUGGAUGUGUAACAAUUUAACAGAUAUUAUUUUUCCUUUUGACUCCUUAAAAAGUGACAGCCAGGAGACUGCUUUCUCAAGUAAACCUCCGAAGAGCAAGCUGCAAAAAGUCCAUGUUUUGGAGUCUAAAGGAUACAUAAGCUCGCGAUUUGAAACAGAUGGGUGGCAGAAGGACCUGGAGAAGAAAAUGGUAGACAUUGCUAACACGCUGGACAUGGUCAAAGCUCAGAAUGUAGACCUACAAGCUCGCAUCAAGUUCCUCGAGGGAUGCGAGUGUGUGAGGAAGCAUUGCGAAUGGGAAGGACAAACGCUGGACGAUAGGCACCGCUGGCAAACUGACCACGGCACAGUUUGUACCUGUACGUCAGGAAAAGUCGUCUGUCAGAAAAGCAGAGGAUGUACUGUCGGUGGUCAUGAUUUCCCUGAUGGCGCUGUGAUUCCCACUGGAGACCGUUGUCAAGAGUGCACAUGUGUGAAUGGGAAUGUGGUUUGCUCCCCUCGUCCUUGUCCUGCAUUGCCUUGUAAAAAUCCGGUCCAUCUUGCCGGAGACUGUUGCCCGAGGUGUGAGCAUUGUGAACACGAGUCCAAGCUGUACACUGAUGGACAGAUGUUCAACUCACCGACCAACCCCUGCCUGCGCUGCCACUGUUCUUCAGGUGAAAUGUCCUGUGAACCUUUGGAUCAGCCAUGUCCUACACCGCAGUGCAACCAUCCCGCCCGACGCAAGGGAGAGUGCUGUCCCGCAUGUGACGGUUGGUUUUCGUUCUGCUAUCUUUUUACUGCAUCUGCUUUUGAAUGUUUUUCAGACUGCACCUUUGAAAACCAGGUCCUUGUAGACGGACAGGCCUUUCUCAAUCCUGUCAAUACAUGCGAAGAGUGUAAGUGUGCGAGUGGUAAGAUAGACUGCCACCAAAUACCUUGUCCUCGUCCGUUCUGCAAUUCACCUCGUCAUGGCACAUGUUGUCAAAACAACUGUGAUGGCUGCAGCUACGCUGGGAAAGACUUUGCAAACGGACUGGAGUUUCCUCACCCUACUGACCGAUGUAGAACCUGCAGCUGCAUCAAUGGUAAUGUCCAGUGUCUGAUGAAAAGGUGUCCAGUGCUGACAUGCCCAUACCCAAAUGUUUCACCGGGAGAGUGCUGCCCCCAGUGUCCUGCACCUCCGUUGGAUUGUGUUUACGAACAAAGAAUCUACAGACACGCUGAGCAUUUUUACCACCCAGUUGACAGCUGUCAACGAUGCACCUGCACCAAUGGCACGGUACGCUGUCAGCAUAAGCCGUGCCCAUUCGCAGGCUGCUCUCAUGGCAUCACUAAAGAGUGCUGCCUGACCUGUGAAGGUUGUUUUCACGAGGGUCAGCAUAGAACCAAUGGAGAAACAUGGAACGACGCAUCAGACCUGUGCGCUCGGUGUCGGUGUCAUGAGGGUUCUGUUCGCUGUACAAGGAGACCAUGUCCACCAUCCAACUGCAAGCACCCGAUACAAGGACAGUGCUGCAUGUCCUGUGAUGGCUGCACGUUCCGGAGUAAGGAAUAUCCUGAAGGUACCGAGUUUGCUGAUUACAAAGACCCCUGUGGUGUUUGUUACUGUUACAGAGGAGACGUCAUCUGCAGCAAAAUACAAUGUAAUGAGGAAUGUAGCCAUCCAUAUAAACCAUCUGGGCAAUGCUGUGGUGAAUGUCAACGUUGCUUCUAUAACAAUGCAAUUCUCAUCAAUGGGCAGUCACUUCCUGACCCAGGAAACCCGUGCUCUGAAUGUACCUGCCAGNNCGGUUCAGUGCAUUGCGUGAAGAAGACCUGUGCAACCGCUCAAUGUCAUCACCCAAGCACCAACCCAUGUGGAUGCCCUGUCUGUGAGGGUUGUCACUAUCAAGACGUAGGGUACACUGAUGGACAACAUUUUUCUGGUGGAGAGCAAGGUUGUCAGGAUUGCACCUGUUCACUUGUCGAAAUGUUGUCAAAUGUCUCUGUGCAGAACGGUGCUGUGGUCUGCGCACAUAUAUCUUGCCCAAGUGUUGCCUGUGUCCAUCCAGUGACCCUUCCUGGCGAGUGCUGCCCGGUCUGCACUGGCAUUUGUCUACAUCAGGGAACGGAGUUUAAGUCAGGCUCCACCUUUCCUUCCCUUUCUGAUCCCUGCUUCUCCUGCAACUGUUUGAAUGAAGUGGUGGACUGUCAGAGAAGACCAUGUACGGUCCAAUGCUCCCACGCGGUCCCAUCAGAAUCUUGCUGCCCCGCCUGUGAGUCCUGUCUAUACCAGACGGUAGUGCACCCCCAUGGUCACUCCUUCACCCCUUCCUCUGAUCUGUGUCAGCGCUGCACGUGUGUCAGAGGCAACGUCACUUGCGUACCACUCAUCUGUCAACCAACUCCCUGUGCUCGACCCAUUACCAAGCCAGGACAGUGCUGCCCUGAGUGCACAGUGUGUCUGUCGAAUGGACAUGAAUAUGCUGAUGGACAGACAUGGACCUCUUCUUCAAAUCACUGCUCCACGUGCACCUGCCAGGCAGGUGAAGUGCAGUGUAUGUCUUUAGUGUGUUCGAAGUUACCAUGCUUGCAUCAGGUCACUGAUCCAGGAGCCUGCUGUCCUCGCUGCAGAGGUUGUAUGUAUGAAGGAAAGGAACACACAGAGGGCAGCAGCUGGUUCACAGACUCCACCCUCUGCAUGAGAUGCAUGUGUGUCGAUGGUGUGACCACAUGCUCUGAGGUUCAUUGUCUUUCUCCUUGUACCAAUUUCAUCACUGUUCCCGGGGAGUGCUGCCCUGUGUGUGCAGAUUGUGUAUUUGAGGGCAGAGUGUACAGCCCUGGAGACAGUUUUCAUCCGGUGGAUGACCCUUGUCAAAUCUGCACUUGUGAGGUGAUGCCAGAUGGAGAACAACACCUGCGAUGUUUACGAAAGCAGUGUCCCAGUCUGGUCAACUGCCCGAAAAGCAACAUCAUUUUCUCUGGACCUGACUCCUGCUGCCCAGUCUGUGCACAGCCGCUGAGUAACUGCACCGCCGCCCUGAUAGGCAACGAGGUUUUGGCCACGGACGACCCUUGUUUCACCUGCCACUGUCAGGACCUUACGUGGACGUGCAUGCAACAUAUGUGCCUCCCACUUACUUGUCCUGUUAAUGAACAGUUUAUGCCUCCAGAUUCGUGCUGCCCUGUAUGUAAAGACUGUGUUAUUGAGGGUCAGGGUAAAGUGAUCAAUGGCAGCAGCUGGACAGACAGUGAUGAUAACUGCAUCACUUGCUCAUGUAUACUGGGCCACAUUGAAUGCAGCAUUGAAGAGUGUUUGACUGUUGUUUGUCUGGAUGGCCAGAAGGAAGUCAAGCCUACGGGGAAAUGUUGCCCCGAAUGCAAAGAUUCAGGGCUGUCAUGUUUGCACCAGGGAACAGUGUACUACGGUAACGAGCAGUGGAAGGUGGAUGAGUGCACCAGUUGCAAAUGCGUGUCUGGAGACAUACACUGUGACACUGACCGUUGCCCAUCCUUAACUUGUGCAGUGGGUGAUAUCCCAGCUGUUGUCCCAGGCUUGUGUUGUCCUCACUGCAUUCCAAGUCCGGCUACCUGCAUUGCUUUUGGCGAUCCUCAUUACCGCACCUUCGAUGGCCGCAUGCUUCACUUUCAAGGAGCAUGCACAUAUGUCUUGGCACAGGACUGCAAUGGUGGAGACUUCAGUGUUCACGUAACUAACGAUGAUCGUGGACGUGAAGGAGUUUCCUGGACCAAAGAGGUGAUUGUGUUUAUUGCACACAUCGCAGUGCAGCUACUCCAGGAGUCCGUUGUGAAGGUUGAUGAUAGAGUUGUGAGCCUUCCAUACCUUAAUGAACCGUACAUCUACAUUGAACAACAGGCUAACGCCAUCUUACUUAACACUAACAUUGGCCUCAAGGUACAGUGGACCGGUCGUUCACACCUUAAGGUGAGCGUGCCAGGUUCCUACAAGGGUCAGACCUGCGGUCUUUGUGGAAACUUCAACAACUAUCACCAAGACGACCUCCGAAUGCCCAGUGGACACCUCAGCCUCUCCGAGUCUGACUUUGGCAACAGUUGGAGGGUCACAAACGGCAGCCACUCACUCUUAUCCUGCCGACCAGGCAAAGACCUCGAUCCCUGUAAAGAUGCAGGUUACCAGGCCAAGAAGGGGGCUAACGCUCGCUGCAAGGUCAUAAAGUCCACUGUGUUUAUGCCUUGUCAUCACGUGGUAGCCCCUGAACCCUGGUUUGGAGCAUGCGUGUAUGAUAUGUGUGCCUGUGGGGCCAACAGUGAUGAGUGUUUGUGCGACGCACUGGAGGCCUAUGCCAGUCAGUGUAGAGACGCAGGAGUGGUUCUGCACUGGAGGAGUCGCUCGCUGUGUGCUGUGGGCUGUCCUGUGGAGAAGGGCUUUGUGUUCGACGAGUGUGGGCCGCCAUGUCCUGUAACCUGUUUUAACGUCGACGUACCACUAGGGGUGAUCGAGAACCACUGCUUCAAGCCCUGUGUCCCUGGCUGUCAAUGUCCUGCUGGCCUGGUUCUACACAACAACUACUGUAUACCGCGUGAAAAAUGUCCCAAGAUCAUUUAUAGCAAACACACAUAACACUGAGAAUGAUCACUUUCAGAAUACACGAAAGUGAUCGGGUACAGUAUAUAGUUCCUUUCUGCCAUCAGACUAUUAGACUACCACUGAUAACAGUAGAAGUAGAAGACUGUGUAUUUAUAAACUCUAUUGAAGUAUACUUAACUGUUCCUAAAUAUGUAGCACUGAAUACUUACAUUAUACAGUACAUAAUUGGAUAUUUAGCAGUCCUUCUAUAUACGAUUGAUAUUUAAAUAUUGAUAGUUAAAUAAGCUAAAACACUUAGUAUAGUUAAUUUGAUAAUUAAUAUGAUAAUAUUUAAAUUU